AUGGGNAACAACUGCUGCCCCAACAACUCACCAACAACGGCCGCUCCAACAUCUGCUGCCCCCACAACUGCAGCACCCACAACUGUGGCUCCGAGAACUGCUGCUCCAACAACUGCAGCACCCACAACUUCAGCUCACACAAGUGCUGCCCCAACAACUGCAGCCCCCACAACUGCAGCUCCAACAACUGCUGCCCCAACAACACCAGCACCAACAACGGCCGCACCCACAACUGCAGCCCUAAUAACUGCUGUUGUCACAACUGCAGCACCCACAACUGCAGCACCGACAACUGCUGCCCCCACAACAGCAGCACCAACAACUGUAGCUCCAACAACCGCAGCCCCAACAACUCCAGCACCCACAACGGCUGCUCCAACAGCUCCUGCCCCCACAACUGUGGCUCCCACAACUGCAGCCCCCACAACUGCUGUUCCCACAACUGCAGCUCCAACAACUGCAGCCCCCACAACUGCAGCACCCACAACUGCAGCUCCCACAACUGCGGUUCCAACAACUGGGCCUCCUACAACUCCAAGCUUGACAUCAUUGGCACAUCUACAGAUGAGUUUACAGUCCUUUGGAGAGGUCAGCAAUGACACUAUCAUUGAGCUCAUAAAACAGUUCUUUAAUAAACAGCUGAAUGGAACAGCCCACACAGUCACUGUGACACUCAUUCAAAGGGUUGGAGUUGGCCCAUAGAAGAGUCAUGUGGACAGAAAUAGUCAAAAAUGGGUGCAUGAAGACAGCAAUUCAAAGUUGUGCUAAUGGUAUUGUUUAAACAAAAUUUGAAGGGGCAGUUCACCUCAACCGUUUCACCAUAUCUGGAAAGAUAUGAUAGUGAAGACAACACAUCAAAUGUCAUUGUACUCCACUGUAUUGAGGUAAUCUAAAACCAUUAUCUUAAAAUCACCAGAAAUACCUGGAUUGUACUUCAGGUGCAAGCUAAAGUAUUUUUGAUUAAACACAGAGGCUUAGAUUUUGGAAUCAGUGCCAUCAUCUGCCUCCUUAUCAACCUUUUGUCAAAUUAAAAAACAAAAAAACUUGUCAACAAGAGGAGCCAUUGUCACUCUAUAAUCCCUAAACAAUAUGUCCAGGAAUGUGAAGUGGAGAUGUGCAUUUGGCUCAAGUGUCAAAUUAUUUGCACAGUACAAUGGGAAGCUCAAACCACACAAUCUCACCUGUCAAAGAGGUUUUUCAAAGGGUGUCAAUAAUUCCCAUGUUCUCUAACCGGAGGAGCUGGUGCCAUGCUGAGAAGCCUGGUAACAAGGAAACACUCUGUCCUUUCAUCAUACAUGAAUGAGGAAAUGUUUCACCCAUAACACUGGCAACAAUAACUUCAGUGAGUCCCUCAUACCAAGUGUGUGAUGAUUGUUCCCCAAAUCUGGGAAAUUAACAGCCUGUGAAGUAUUACUGACAAAAUGCAGUCAUGUGUUUUGAAUGUUAAUCUGUUUUGCCUUUUGUCAUCAAGAAUUGAUUUAUUAAGCACAUGGAAUGUAUUUUUCCAAUUCACUGGAAAACCUGUGUAUGAAAGUACUCCUUGUUUGUGGCAUGGGAGGUAUUGUACUAUAAAACAACGCCUUAAAGUAUUUCAGUACAGAGACGGGAGACAUCCUGUGUGCAGAUUCAUUUUUAAAAAAGAAGCUUGAGGUGCACAUUAAUGAUUAAGUGUACAUGUUUGAGUUAGGUUUUGUGUGGUUUUGGUUUUUUGCCCUCUGUUUCAGUCUUUUGUCUGUUUGGUCAACUGGUAUUUAUGUUUUAUCGGUGGGGAAGAUAAAGAAAUGUCUAAAACUGUUACAAAUUUAAGCAGGAUAAACCAUGUGUGGUCCUAUAUUUCAGACAGUAUCAUUCACUUCUUAUUUUCUUCUUACAAGGACAUGCAGCAAAAUGUUUAUUUUUUCACCUGCAGACAGAAUGUAUUUCCUCUCAUCAUCACUGAUUUAAAUACUUUUUCAAAUUAUUUUUAUACUAAAAUUCAUAUUUAUUGUUCUCAUGUAUGUUAUACUUUAAAUGACAGAUGUGACAUUUUAUUUGCACUCACCUUCACUUAAGGCUUUAUGGCCAUUACAGACUAGUUUUGCUUUGAUGUAAAUUUAUAACAUAAGAUUGGAAGUCAUGUUAUUUUAUGUUGUUAUGCCUUUUUGAAAGAUGAACACCGAAACAAAUCUAUUAAAGCUCCCAGUCUUUGUGUUC